AUGCUGCGCCGCCGUCUGCGGGAGGGCCCUUCCCUCUUGCUACUGCCCCUGCAGAAGGAGAAGAAGCCCCCCCAACCCUACCGCCGAGAUCUCUCCUCGACACCCGGGGGCGCCGCCGCCUCCUCGCCGGCGGAGCGGGAGGUCCUGCGGCGGCUUCGGGGGGAGGGCAACUCCGCGGCGGCGCUGGCGUACUUCCGAUCCGUUGCGGUGGGCGGCGCCUUCCGUCACAACGCCCUCACCUUCCACGCCGCCGUCGAGCGGCUGGCCCUCGACGGCGAGACCGACCUCGCCCUCUGCCUCCUCCAGGAGAUGAAGCUCUCCGGCAUCCCCUGCGGCGAGCAAACCCUCGCCGCCGUCCUCCGCGCCUUCGCUCUCUCCGGCGCCGGCAACCGCGCCCUGCAACUCUUCUACCGCCUUCAGGAGUUGGGCUGCGCCGCCACCGUCAGGCUCUACAACCACCUCCUCCACGCCCUCCUCCGCUCCGGCAGCUUCACCGCCGUCGCCGCCGUCUACCAGAACAUGAGGGAGGAGGGCCUCCGCCCCAACGUCUUCACCUUCAACGUCCUCCUCAGCGCGCUCUGUCGCCGCCGCCGCUUCGCCGCCGCCCGCCGGCUCCUGGCGGAGAUGGCCGGCUGCGGCUGUCCCCCCGACGAGGUCAGCUUUUCCACCGUCGUCUCCGGCCUAUGCGACUCCGGCGAACUCGCGGCGGCGCGGGCCUUGGUGGCGGAACUCCAGCCCCCCGCCGCUGCCUACAACGCCAUCAUCCACGCCAUGGGAAGAGCCGGCAGGGUAGCGGAGGUCAACUCCCUGCUGGCGGAGAUGGCCUCCCGUGGAGCAAAGCCUAAUUCGGUGACCUUCUCUACCGUCAUCAACCUCCUCGCCGUCGCCGGCGAGUUGAAGCUCGCCAUGGCCGUCCUUGCUCAGCUGCUCCUCCGGGGCUUCGUCCCCACCGCGCAGACCUUCGCACCGCUGGUGAGGGCCCUCCUCGCCGGAGCCGGGGGUGGCGGCGGCAUCGAGGAGGCACUGCGCGUGUGGCGGGGGAUGCUGGCCGAGGGAUGCGCCGCCACCGCCGUCGCCUACAACGUCCUCUUCCACGGGCUCUGCAACUCCGGCGCCACCGCCAUGGCCCUCGAGCUCUUCCACUCCAUGCGCCGCCGCCGCCGCCCACCUCCCACCGCCGCCACCUUCAGCACCCUUAUCGCCGCCCUCUCCCGCGACGGCGAUCCCGCCGGCGCCGCCGCCCUCUUCCACCAGAUGGUCUCCGAUGGUUGCAGGCCCAACGUGGUGGCGUACACCGCCAUGGUCGACGCCCUCUGCCGGAACUCCAGGCUCGACGAGGCCCACAAGCUCCUGCGCAGCAUGAGCUCCGCGGGCUGCCCGCCGAACACGGUGACCUACAACGCGAUGAUCAGCGGCCUCUGCGCCGCCGGCAGGGCGGCGCAGGCGGGGGAGCUGCUGCGGGAGAUGAAAACCAGCGGCGGCGCCCCACCAAGCACCGCCACCUACAACGCGCUCCUCGCCGGGCUCUUCCGCGGCGGCGCCGCCACCGCGGCGGCGCUCCUGACGGAGGAGAUGAAGCAGAGCAACGUGGCCUUUGACGUGGUGACCCACAACGUGAUCAUCCAUGGCUUCUGCUCGGUAGGGAUGACGAGGGUCGCGUGGGGCCAGCUGGGGAGGAUAGUCGCCAGCGGGAUCUCCCCGGACGCGGUGACCUUCAACAGCCUCAUUCAGGGGCUCUGCGAGGAAGGGGAGGUGGACGGCGCCGCCGCGGUGGCGGAGAAGAUGCCGGCGGAGGGAUGCCGGCGGGACGUGUACACGUACACGAGCCUCAUGUGGGGGCUCUGCCGGCUGGGGAGGACGGCGGAGGCGGCGGUGUACCUGGAGAGGAUGAGGGAAGAGGAGAUCGCUCCCAGCAUCGCCACGUGGAACGUCCUCGUCAACGCCGCCGUCUCUGGGACGACCGAUCGCCUCCUGACCGCUCUGGUUGACUCUCACGAUGGUGAUGCCACCAGUUAG